UAGAGACCGCUAAAAACUCAAAGCAUGCAUGAAGCUUGACCACGGAAUCGGUGUUCCUCGUGAAAUGCUGCCCGCUACCAAACAAAAAGAAAUAUCAAUUAGUUUUGUAAGCUGCUCAUGAGCACUGGAAGCGUGUGAAGGAUUAGGAUUUGUAUCAAAUACCGGUCGCAUGUGUGUCGUUUCCCGCGGGUAGGAAUAUAAAUUGUAAAUAAACGCAAGCAGCCAAGUGCUAUCGAUUCCGGCGAACGUGAGACACGGUGCCUCCAUUUUUUGUGCGUAUGAAAGGAAAAUUCUUUGUGUGAAACCGAAUUCGUCCACCACUGCGUUCAGUCCAGCUUGGAACGGAAUUGGAUAAGAGGUGUAUAGUUUUCGUCCGGAAAAUCGUGUGAAACACUCGUUUUCAACAGUAACAUAUAAAGAAAUGGCUAGCACCAGUACCGAUGUGCCGAUGGAGUCGGUAGACGCGGCCGGACCGGCAUCGGGCGCGUUGAGCCCCAACACAGUGAAUGGCAACGGGAACGACCUGGCCACCAACGCAGAGGAUAUGACUUCGCGUGACUACUACUUCGACUCGUAUGCACAUUUCGGCAUCCACGAGGAGAUGCUGAAGGAUGAGGUGCGCACGCUGACCUACCGGAACGCGAUGUACCACAAUAAGCAUCUGUUCAAGGGCAAGAUCGUGCUGGACAUCGGGUGCGGUACCGGCAUCCUGUCGAUGUUUGCGGCGAAAGCUGGCGCGGCGAAGGUCAUCGCGAUCGAGUGUUCGAACAUAAUCGACUACGCACAGAAGAUUAUCGAGGCGAACAACCUGCAGGAAACGAUCACGCUGGUGAAGGGGAAGGUGGAGGAGGUGACACUGCCGGACGGUUGCGACAAGGUGGACAUCAUCAUUUCCGAGUGGAUGGGCUACUGUCUGUUCUACGAGUCCAUGCUGGACACGGUCAUAUACGCGCGCGACAAGUGGCUGAAGAAGGACACGGGCAUGAUGUUCCCGGACCGGUGUACACUGUUCGUGACCGCGAUCGAGGAUCGGCAGUACAAGGACGAAAAGAUCAACUGGUGGGAUGAUGUGUACGGGUUCAACAUGAGCUCGAUCCGCAAGGUGGCCAUCAGCGAGCCGCUCGUGGACGUGGUGGAUCCCAAGCAGAUCGUCACGACCUCGUACAUGGUGAAGGAGAUAGAUCUGUACACGGUUAAGAAAGAGGACCUAGAGUUCGAGUCACCCUUCCAUCUGUUAGUAAAGCGCAACGACUUUGUGCAGGCGCUGGUGACGUACUUUAACGUGGAGUUUACCAAGUGCCACAAACGGCUCGCCUUCAGCACGUCGCCGGAUGCCGCCUACACGCACUGGAAGCAGACGGUGUUUUACUUUGACGACUAUCUGACGGUGAAGAAGGGUGAAGAAAUUUACGGCACGUUCAAGAUGAAGCCGAACGUGCGCAACAACAGGGAUCUGGACUUUACCGUCGAUCUGCACUUUAAGGGCGAGCUGUCGCAGGUGCACGAAAAAAAUCACUACCGGAUGCGCUAGGGCGCGCAGCCUGCAGUCACCGUGUUUAACCCCACCCCACCAUCAUCACUUGGAAAAGCUAGAUCUUUACCCCCUUCAAAACCAACAUAUUAUCGUAGUACACAUUGGACAUUGUUUUACUUCUCGCCAAAAAAAAAAGCAAACUCUCAUAGCAACGGACGACAGGGUUCGUGCGGAUAACUUGGAGGAAGACCGAAGUAACAGCAUCUCCGGCGUGCCGUUUUACAUCGUUUGUUCAACGAGGCGCGCGUGGUCCAUUCCACUCGAAGCAAGAUUUACCUUGUGUAAGAUAGCAUCUGUCCGAGACCGCAUGCAUGCUACAGGUAAACAAACUGGACUUCCGUCUAGUGCCGCACGUGGUUUUAUGUGUUAUCCGGUAUCCCUAUAUAGACUGGUUCCGUCACGACGCAAGCGUCCGCAGGCAGCAACAAAACAACAGUACACAGUAGCACACGAGGAGCCAAGACAUCCAUAUUGACCAUUGUAUCCGAUUGUGAAAUAACCUAGACUCUAUAUAGGCAUGGCAGAUAAGUUCAAAAGUUAAAAUAUACGAACGAAUUAUGAUGACUGGAAA